GUGCACAUUGCACAGUUCCUGAUGAUAACGUUCAUAAUUUAUAUUUCAUUUUUUAAUGUCUUAUCAGAUAACACAAAAUAAUAACAGGUUCUCCAAAAAAAAGUACUAACUCUAUAGACAUUAGACAUAGGGUGAUACACAUAUUGAAUCAAACUCUGGAUGUCAUAAUUUUUUUUUUUAACCCUGAAUAUAAAAUUGUUAUAACUUGUGAUAAUUUUAUUGUAUAUUCUUUUCAAUCAUGAUUCAUAGUUUAUUUAUUAUUAAUUCUGCUUGUGAUGUUUUUAUAGAAAAACACUGGAAAAGUAUUAUUUCCCGAUCAGUUUGUGACUACUUUUUUGAUCAACACCGAAAAGCUAUCAAUCCAGAGGACAUUCCCCCAGUUAUAGCAACACCACAUCAUUAUUUGAUUAGUAUCUAUCGAUGCGGUCUUUAUUUUGUAGCUGUUUGUAUGACGGAAGUUCCACCAUUAUUUGUCAUAGAAUUCUUACACAGAGUAGUUGAUACGUUUGAGGAUUACUUUUCAGAAUGCUCUGAAAAUGUUGUUAAAGAUAAUUAUGUUGUUGUUUAUGAACUUUUGGAUGAAAUGUUAGACAAUGGCUUUCCAUUAGCUACUGAAUCGAAUAUUCUAAAAGAGCUUAUUAAACCUCCAAACAUUCUUCGAACAAUCGCCAAUUCUGUUACAGGGAAAUCCAAUGUAAGUGCAACAUUACCCAGUGGUCAAUUAUCCAAUGUUCCAUGGAGGAGAUCAGGUGUAAAAUAUACCAAUAAUGAAGCUUACUUUGAUGUAAUAGAAGAAGUAGAUGCUAUUAUUGAUAAAGGUGGUUCUACCGUAUUUGCUGAAAUUCAAGGAUAUAUUGAUUGCAGCAUAAAACUUACUGGGAUGCCUGAUCUUUCUUUAUCAUUCAUGAACCCCCGACUUUUUGAUGAUGUGAGCUUCCACCCUUGUGUUCGAUUUAAAAGAUGGGAGUCUGAAAGAAUUUUAUCAUUUAUACCUCCGGAUGGUAAUUUCCGGUUAAUGUCAUAUCACAUUGGGUCACAAGGAAUAGUUGCUAUUCCAAUUUAUAUACGACACAUGCUUGCAUUAAAAGAAACGACAACUGGUAGUGGUCGCCUUGAUAUUACUGUAGGACCAAAACAGACACUAGGAAGAACAAUCGAAAAUGUUGUCAUAGAGGUACCUAUGCCUAAAAGUGUGUUAAACUGUACUCUUAUUCCUAACCAAGGUAAACAUUCAUUUGAUCCCGUUUCUAAAGUUUUGACUUGGGAAGUUGGGCGAAUAGAAACUACUAAACUUCCAAAUAUAAAAGGAACUAUUAGUCUGCCAGUAAGCACAGUUGUCACAGAUUCAAAUCCUGUUAUUAAUGUGAAAUUUACCAUCAAUCAAUUAGCAUUAUCUGGACUAAAGGUAAAUCGUCUUGAUAUGUACGGUGAAAAAUAUAAACCUUUUAAAGGUGUUAAAUACAUUACAAAAGCGGGAAAAUUUCAAGUGAGGAUGUAAUAUAAACAUUAAUUAAACAUAUAAUUUAUAUAUAUAAAUAUAAAAUAUUUGUUUAUUUAUAUUUUAAAAUUAAAUUUAUAAAUAAUAUUGUUUUGUCAUUCAUAAUCUGUAUAUUAAAGCUAUAAAAUAUAUAUAAUUAAAUAUUAUUAAAUAUUAGUUAUAUCGAUGUUUAAACAUUUUUUUUUUACUUUAAACUGUUAAAUAUUUUAAAUAUUGAUUUUUAUUUUUUAUUUAUUAGCUAAUAGUAACACUAUAUCAAAAAUCCAUAAUAAUAUGAAUAAUGAAAAUUGUAAUUUGUGAUCUUUAAUUUAUUUUCUUUAAUAAAUUAUUUAUAAAAAAUAUAUAAUGAUUUUUUGUUCAACCAUAAUUUAGAUUCAAAUUAAACAAUUUUAUUAAAAUAGAUCAUAUAGUGAUUAUGUUAUAUAACAAUUUUAUUAAAUUAGUUCAUAGUGAUUAUGAUGAUAUUUUAGUAAGGAUAUUGGUUCUGGAGGGAUCGCUAAAAUUGGGGUCUUUAUGCAAUAGUGUUAAAGUAAAUUGUACUCCAAGAAAUAAUAAAAAAUAAUUUAGAAUUAUCUUUUUUCAAAUUAAAUUUGUUUUCAUCAAUGUCUAUAAUAAUAUUAUAAUUUGUACGACACAUGCCUAAUAAAUAU